AAAAAUUAAUUGAACUCUAGCUUAUUUGAACUGUCAACACUGAUGCUUGGCAACACUGCUGACAGCGCACGCAUGUGAAUGUCAAAAAAUAGAGUUUGGAAACAGCUGUUUGUGUGCCUGUGCUUUAUAUUGUGUAUAGUAGAGGCAAACAAUCUGAAGACCCCCCCCGCAUCGCCAGUACUACAUAUAGACAGUCACAAAGCCAUGCCGUCAUGGCAUUUCGUCGCUUUGGUAAAUCCUUGCUUUAUGGUUUGCCAUUGGGCAUAACGUUCCUUGACUGCGUCGGCUAUGUGGCCCGGGUCGACGGCACAUCCAUGCAGCCCGCUCUAAAUCCCGUGGCCGAGGAGCGGGAUUAUGUGUUCCUGCUACGUUGGGGACUGCACAACAGCGUCGUGGAACGUGGCGAUAUCAUCUCACUAAUCUCACCCAAGGAUCCGGCGCAAAAGAUAAUCAAACGUGUGGUCGGCAUGCAGGGAGAUGUGGUCUCUACACUCGGCUACAAGCAUGAGAUUGUGCGUGUGCCCGACGGACACUGCUGGGUGGAGGGAGAUCACACUGGACACUCGCUGGAUAGCAAUACAUUUGGUCCCGUUGCCUUAGGCCUGAUGUCCGCCCGUGCUGUGGCCAUUGUGUGGCCUCCAGAACGUUGGAGAUUGUUAAAGAACGAGCUGCCCGGAAGACGACGACCCAUUCAGGUGGCAAAGGCUAAUUACUACAACUAACUGGGAGGAAGACUGCUUUUAAUUUAGUAGUCACAUUGUACAUACGUCUGUCUGUAAUCCUAUAUAUAUAUUUUAUUAUUAAUCUCCUCCUGCUGCUGUUCACCAAGCAUCAAAUCAUGUUCAAAAUUGUAAAGAUAUAAAGUAGAUACAUUUGUUUUAGCGUAUAUUUUUUGUUAACUCUUCAUCAGGCAUCGCAAAUAGAUUUAUAUGAUUUCAAAAAUCGCAAC